AUGGCUGGCGACCCUUUGAAGCGUAAUCAGAACCUGUAUUGCGCGUACCAUCAGGAGUCAGGUCACACUACUGAUGAUUGCAGGAACCUGAAGAACUAUUUAGACCGGCUCGUCCGAGAAGGGAAGCUGAGACAUCUGCUGCAUCGCCCUGAAGGAUGGCAAGAACCAUCAAACAAUGAAACCAGACAAAGUACGUUGAGGCCACCCAUUGGCACAAUUAAUGUCAUUCUCGCCGCACCUGGAAGAACAGGCUCUGUCCCCUUCAGGGUAAUGUCAGUGAGCAGUUUCCUGACUGAGCCAGAUGACAGGGAAUCCAAAAGAGCUAGAAUGAGCGCCACGCCAUUAAUCGGGUUCACGGAGGAAGACAAACGAGGAACUAUCCAACCCCACGACAAUGCCUUAGUUGUUACGCUUAGAAUAGGAGGUUAUGACGUGAAAAGGGUGUUAGUUGAUUAA